AUGGACCUAGCGCAGGUUAUUUUUCUCACUUUUCCAGGUAUUUUGCCAGACAGAACCAAUAGGAUCGAAGACAUUUAUUUACGUUUUUAUAAUGGAAAUACGCUGAAUGAAUACGUGGAUUUGCCACUACAUCAAGUCACGCGCUUGUUUGAAAUAAAAGGUUUUGAUAAUGGUAACCCCACAGUUAUUUACAUUCACGGCUUCAUAGAAACAGCUCAGCAAGAAAGCGUGCAGGUCAUGGUCAACUCGUAUUUAGAAGCACGACCAGAUAUUAACGUGAUUCUAUUGGACUGGUCUAAUAUGUCUCAUGGGUCAUAUUUACUUAAUGCUGCCAGAAAUACAAAGAAGGUUGGAGUAGCAGUAGCAGCACAAUUGAAUAGGUUAAUCGAAACAGGACUGGUUUUAGAAAAGUUACAAAUCAUUGGACACUCCCUGGGUAGCCACGUUGCUGGUUAUUUGUCGAGGGAACUCAAAAACAAAUAUAACAAAACUGUUAAAAGAUUGACAGCAUUAGAUCCGGCAUUCCCAGCAUUCUAUCCUGACGGAGUAGUAAUGGAACACGUGACAGAUAAAGACGCGGAGUUCGUUGACGUUAUACACACUGAUGCUGGAGGGUACGGAGCCCCCGUCAGAACUGGAACAGCUGACUUCUGGCCAAAUGGAGGGAAAAGUGUCCAACCGGGAUGCCCUCGAUUCGCACCAAUACCCCUUUCAGACGACAAUUUAUGCAGCCAUUGGAGGUCGUGGCAGUUCUACGCUGAAUCCAUAAGAAAUCCGGAGGCCUUUGCAGCCUCGCCCGCUGACUCGUACCAUAAAUUCAGAGAAAACCCCUCCCCUGAAGUUGGUAUGGUGUAUAUGGGAGCUAACUGUGAUACUAGUGCUCAAGGUUCUUAUUAUCUGACUACAAACGCUGAAUCUCCGUUCGGGAAAGGUAUUGACGGAAUUUAUUCUAAGAAUAAAAAUUCAAAAGGUAAAAAAUUAUAA